AGUCUAUGACAUUUAAAAAUGGCGGCGCCCACAGUUAUACCAGCGAAUGAAACAAAAAAUUGUGCUCCCAAAGAAGUGGACAUAUAUCGUGACACACCCAUCAGGUAUCUUGGUUAUGCAAAUGAAGUUGGGGAGGCGUUCCGGGCAUUGAUCCCGAAGUCUGCUGUGUGGGCCACAUAUGGUGUAGCCAGUGCUUAUGUACUUGCUGAUGCCAGACAUAAAGGACAGGAAGCCGCAAAGUUGAAUUGGCCGGAUGACUCCACCAAGAAGCAGAAGGUCGUACAUGCAGUGGGUGAUACCAUUGUGUGGCAGGGGUUGGCCUCUGUCAUCAUCCCAGGGUUUACCAUCAACAGGCUAUGUAAGCUGUCCUUCUUCACCCUCAGCAGAGUGUCCAGUCUUCCAGAGCCAGUCAGGAAAUGGACAACAACAGCAUUAGGUCUAGCGGUCAUCCCGUUCAUCAUUAAACCAAUAGACAAGAGUGUUGACUACAUGAUGAACAACUCUGUAAGAAGAUGGUACCACAUAGAACCUCCUGAAGAGAAACUCGUCCAUCACAGGAGGUAGCAAAUGAUGCAGUUAGCAUGGCAACUGAUAUCAGUGUG